AUGGGAAAAAAAGGAGAUAAUAAAAAAGGAAGUAAUAAUAAUAAAGUACAUGAUAGAAAAGUAAAGCAAGGUUUGAGGAAAAAAGCUGAUAGAUUAAAAUAUGGUGAUGCAAAAUGGAAACAAUCAUUCAAUGCAUUUUUAGAACAAUUAGAACCACAAGGAUUCACAAUUAAAGAUGUUGCAGGUGAUGGUAAUUGUUUGUUUAGAGCGUUUGCUGAUCAAUUGGAAGAUAAUCCAGAGCAACACAUGAAGUAUCGUCAGAACAUUAUUACAUUCAUCGAGAAAAACAAAGAUAUGUAUGCACCGUUCAUCGAUGAUGAAGAGGGUGAGACAUUCGAAGACUACAUAGCAGAGAUGAGAAAGAAUGCAAGUUGGGGUGGAAACAUUGAGAUUCAAGCGGCAUCACUCAUCUAUCAGUGUAAUAUUACCAUUCAUCAGUUCAAUCAGCCACGUUGGGAAAUCAUCAAUUAUGUCGGUGACAAAUAUCGAAUGAUUCAUCUCUCGUAUCAUAACGAUGAGCAUUACGCAUCGGUUAGACCAACACGUCCACCAUCGCUCAAAGAUAAACAACAACAGAAGGAAGACGGACCACCCAAACCCAAUAUGGAGGCGAUGGGAAAUACCUAUCAAACCGAUGCAAAGAACUACAUUGACGAUGUCACCUAUGAGAUUAUGAAUGCUACUGGUGUCACCAGUACCAAGAUGGUGAGAGAGGCACUCGACGAUUGCGAUGGCAAUAUUGAAGCAGCCAUCGAUUAUCUCAUUGCACUGUCAGCAACCAUAGAUUUCGACAAUGAGAAUAUUGAUAAUAAUACAACUACUACAACUACCACCACAACUACUACAAGCAGUAGCAGUAAUAAACCAAGCAAGGAAUCAAAGAAUCCAUAUAAAGAACAGGUUAAACUACAAAAACAACAACAACAACAGCAACAACAACAACAAAAAGAAGAAGCAAAACAUAAUGGCCACCAAUCAAAUUCUGAAAGAAAAAGACAACAAAUGGCAGCAAAAGAAAAAGAAAACAACAACAAGCAAAGACAAAAUCAUAAUAUAGAUAGAAACAGUAUAGUGGAUGACUCUACAGUUGAUUUGGGAACACUUAGAAUUUAA